GAGACUAUAUACUCGACAUUUAGACAGAGAAAGUGAGGUUUUCAGGUGUAUUUUGGUAUAUUUGCUGUGUGAUAGAUCAGGGAGGGUCAGGGCAUUAUGGUGUGCAUUAACAAGGAAACAUGGAGGCACGGCUAGGGGGAGCCAUAGCUGAGCAGGGAGGCAGCUGCUUGGGCCUGAGCGGAAUCAUCCUGAUCAGGACCAGAGUCCACUUCUCACUAACAACACCAGGACGAGGUUCUUGAAGAGAAGACCUUUGAUACGUCCACAUCUGCACACAGUGACCUCAACAUCUGCACCGCCGGCACAUCAUGAUGGACGAGGACAUCAUUGAGGACCAGGCGAAGCUGAAGCAGGGCCUGAUCAAAGUGCUCCAGUGUGUGGCCACCAUCUCCUCAGCAGCAGCUGUGGUCAACCCCAUUUUUGGCGUGGCGGGUUCCCUGAUCCGGGUGGUGCUGCACCACGUUGAUGACGAGGACAUCCGCACUCUGAAGCGUGAGUUUGGCUCAGUCCACCGGGGGCUGGACGAGCUCUCUCAGCUGAAUCGCAACACGCUCGUACAGAUCAAGAAAGAAACGCUGGAUGGCCAGUAUUGUCGGGUGGAGGAGAACCUAAAGAACCAGUUCAGGAAGUUCAUGGAGAUGGUGGAGGCACGCCCAGAGCACCGCGAACGCAAGAAGGGCGACUUUGAAGACAGCUAUUCCAAUGACUUGGGAGACCAGAACCUGCACACGCUCUACGACGGCGUGGUGGGCAAACCGAAGCUCUUCAGCAGACCCAUUCUGGAAGUCUACCUGAAGCACUCGCAAGGCGACCGUCGCACCAUGGAGAAACUCUGCACACGCCUCACCUACCUGUUCUGCAUCGGCCUCAUCGCCCUCAUGGGAUACGCCGCCGUCAUCGGAGAUGACGAGGAGGGCCUGAGCGAGGAGUGGUCCGAGAAGAUGGAGCAUGUGCAAGAGAAGAUGCAGGAGGCUCUCUGCAGGUGCAAAUGAAGAAGAAGCUGCCUUCGUUCAUAGUCAGGACUCAUGUCCACAUCCUCUCUGUAACUCCUUCCUCUUAGCUUGUUCUCUCCGUAUAAACACUUUGUAAACAUCUACUUUCACUGCUUGAAAGCCCAGUGGUGAUAAGCAACAAUAUGCCUCACUUUUUUCAAAACUCUAUUUGGUGUGUGUGUGCGCGUGCAUAUAUUCAGGAUGAGGUAAAGAGUACUAAAUUAUGCCACAAUAUUUAGUUUGCACCACAAUUGGCUCAAAUUCACAGAUAUAUUAUUUAAGUUAUGCGAUGAAUCUGGAUAAGACUGCAGUGUUGUCAGUUCAUAAAGAGCACUUUGACAUAAUCAUCCCUGGGAGCAUUACAAUUAAUCAUAACUCUACUCUAAAAGCUUAAUUUUGUAAGCUAUAUAUUGUGCAAAAUCUCACUCGCAUCUAUAAAUCAGACUUUUAAAAUAAAAUGUACUCAGAUUCAGUGGGUGAUAUUGUAAUGCAUCCCCUGCAUUAUACAAUUUUGUUUUUAAAUGACAUGUAUUACCCUACAAGUGAAUCAGUUUAUUGGAAUUGAAAACUAGCCUAGCUAAAACCUCAACAUAUAGAGGAACAGGAAACGAGCUGUCCUGCUGUCAUAACAAUGUAACUCCACCAGAGGGCCUCGUGAGUUUCUUAAUGUACAAGUCUAUAUUAUAUUUGUCAUGGAUGUAAAUGACUUGUAUAAGACAAGUUAAGUUAUGAAUCAAGUGAUUACUACUAUUGAUAACAUAAAAAAUCUAACAAAGAACAAAUAUCCCAAAGUUUAUAGAGCUAUGAAUAGCUACAGAUAUAAGAUCCUAUAAUAUAACGUACUACACAUGAUCAUUGACUAAAUGUGCCACAGAUAAUGUAUGUUCCUCAUGCAUGGCGUUCAUGAUACAGUGCAUACUUGUUGCUUUUCAACUACUACAGUUUAUGUAAUUUUACACUAAGUUCUUUUAUUUUCCUUAACUUUUAGUGAACAUUUGCCGUUUUUGAUAACACUGAGAUAUUUCACUUUCUAAAUGUGGUAUCACAGGAGUUAUAAUGUCACUGGAUGAAUCCUUCCACUCUUAUGUUCUCUGACGUGCAGGAGGUGCACCAAGUAUGUUUCUAAUAUAUGGACAAAAUUAUCAAUGGGUUUAUUUUUGCUGCACGGCCUAUAAAACAUUACAUAUCCUAUUUGAGGCUUUUUAUUUUAUUUUUUAUAUAUAUACAGUUAAGUCUCCAAAGGUAAACGUUACAGCUGUUCUCACAUACUCCCUUAUCGGACCAACAGUGCCUAAAUGUGCAAAUAGUUUUUGUAUUUGUUUUUUUCUUUUAAGGGUUUUAUCUCAAUCAUUUAUAAUAUUGUGUAAGGCAUUAUGUUUUGAAUAGUCUGUUCGCUACAGUUCACGUUUUGCACUUCUGGUUAAAGCCCUUUUUGUAAAUGUGUGUCCAUGUUUGUUUUAGGCAAACUGUCGGUAUCUAUAGUACCGGUGGGUUUGGAUCGCUGCAUCAGGAUAGUUCUUUCUAAACAUGUGAAAAACAAUAUCUGAUUGUCAUUAUGGCUUUACAACCUAUCCAUUUCUAUAUUAUAUUUGUUUCAUAUUUUACACAGGUCUACUCUCUACUCUCAUCCUUUCAACACAACUCUGUCUUAAACUGGUUUAUGGUUCUGUGGCGAUGCGCCAUAUCUCUUAAUAUUACAACAGAUUCAGUAUACGCGACAUGAAUAUAGUCAAAAUGCUGUCGAUAUGGAGGAAUAGUAUAUGAACCUCUUAAGGCUUUUUUUUUUUUUUUUUUAAUGCCAUAUAUGUGAAUAUGUUGCCUUUUUGUUAUGAAUCUUUGAUGCCUGGUUGUAUAUGUACCACUAUAAAUAAACAUGAAAGAGAAAUACUGA